AUGGCUCUUCCUGCUUCACUUCAAGUCCAUCCUCAUUUCCAACCUGAAGAAGCUGCUCAUGCUGCUACCGAGUUAAUAUCCAAUUUGGACAAUCUACCUGGAGAAGUAGUUUUCCUCUUGGAAGAGAUCAAAGAAAAAGAUAUCAGGAUUAAUCAAUUGGUACAGCGGAUCAAUACACGUCAUAUAGGAUUAACGAAGACAGCCAAAUCAUUAUCGUCAUUACCACCUUCCAAUGCAACGUUUGCGUUACCACUUCCACCUGGAUCUACUCUACCUACCUCACACUUGACGCCCAAGGACGCGCAGGCGCUGACGAAGAUUCAAGCUGAAUGGAUAAAAGUAGAAGUGCUACAAGAUGAGAAAAUCAAAUUGGCAGAAAGAAUGGAAAGGAUCAUUAACCGUGCGAAAGAAAGAGCUAAAUCAGAAUGGAUAAGAGUGGGAGGAAUGGAAAUCGUUGAUAAUUCAUUAGAGGAAAAACCGGGUCUGAUAGGAAUAGGAGGAUUCCCAUUACCUUUGGGUUUAGGUCAUUUCAAUGAAUUGGGUCAUGGUGAAGUCAUAUUACCUUCUACUGGUUUAGGCAGUGGCUCAGAUGGUAGACCGCCAAAGAAACGAAAACCAAAUACAUUACCUUUACCCUCGCCAUCACUUUCUAUUGCAUCAUCAAUAGCCAUGCCUCCACCUCCUGCACCAACUCGACCAUCAAUAUCUUCACGUUCCCAUCAUUCUCAUAGGGGUAGUGGUCGUCAUCCAUCCAUAGCAUCGACAGAUCCAGAUGCAGAUGGAGAAGACGUAGACGCAGAAGGAGAAGUGGAUAUUGUCGAUGGCCCAGAAACAGGUGAUGGUGAAGCAGAUGAUACCAUCUAUUGUAUUUGUCAACAGAGAAGUUAUGGUGAGAUGAUAGGAUGUGAUAACGAAGGAUGUGAAUUGGAAUGGUUCCACGUCAAAUGCGUCAACAUCAUCCCUCCAUUACCUGACACUUGGUAUUGUCCUGACUGUGUGAAGAAAUUGGGCUUAUCAAGUAGUGAUGGGAAAAUUGCAGGUCAAAGUAGGAAAGGAAGGAAAAAGUGA